GAAACAGUCAACAGUCUGUCAAAGCAGUAUCCGGAUACGUUUUGGCGUUUCCAUGCCGACACUGAAUAUCCAAUGCUUGACAUAAUCAAUCAAGACCAUUCCUUGACCACCCUCAGCUACCAUAUAAGUGACCAAGCGGCCAUUGCUGGCAUGACACUUUCGCCAGAUGGCACGAUCCUUGCCACGUUCUCAAGCGUGGGCGCUGUCAAGCUCUGGGACGUCACAAACGAGUUUAAGAUGGUCCGACGACUCCGAGACAUGAGUGAAGAUAAUAUUGAAGAAUUCUAUUGUGGUCAAUUUGUUGAUAGUCAAGAGUUGUUGGUUGCAGGUGGUAAAUUGAAAGACAGGUUUCGAUGGUCGGCACAGGAUGAGGACAAUCAUAUCUUGCCCUGUCCCGUCAAGAUUUUCAAUAUUGAGACUGGUCAUCGGGUAUCUCAAUUGGAAGGACAUGCAGAAGAAAUCCUUUGUAUUAAAGCACUCACGUUUAAAGAAGAGCACUACUACAUCACGACAAGCCAGGACGGGUAUAUCAUCAAGUGGUGUAUGGAUAAUGAUUGGAUCACACUAAAGGAAUCAACACGAAUGGAGGAUGGGAUCACUUGCAUGGCAUUCACGGUUUCUUUUCUUCCAAACACGGGCAACAAGUUCUUUCUGGCAGCAUGUGAUGGUCAUUUGCGCCUCUAUGAUUUUGAAGACUCUUUGUUUGUUCGUUGGCUAGACGCCCCUGAGCAAGAGCAGGAACAAGAACAAGAAGCGUAUUCUAGCAACAAAAACGAAGAGCAGCAGCAGCAGCAGCAACAGCAACAUGCAUGGUUUAUUAGCCGUGGUGCUGAAAUGUGUGAUGUUGGUGAAGGCAUUUCCUCGAUUCCGAACACUUGCACAUUACACAAGUUAACAUACCCAAAUGUCCGCGGCGGUAAAUUUCAGUUGGAUCAAGUCAAGAAGUUUAGUCAUGAGGACUAUCAUGCAAAUUCAUGGUUGGUCAAGAUUACAUCAAACGGUCGAUAUCUUUUAGCACCCACCAUUUACGGACAAAUCUUCGUGUUCAAUAUGUCCAGUGGUCAGCUUACGGCAAUAUUGAAGGAGCACGAAGAUGGCAGUGUCAAGAUCUAUACAUACAAAAGCGAAAUGGAGGCGAUGCUUUAA